UGAUUAUAGAUCUGAUCAAAAUAGAAGCCUGGGCGGUUGUCUCGGGGAUUUAAUUGCGGAUUAAUGUGAAUUUUAUUAAUAUUAAUUUUUACUGUAUGGUUGAAUCGAGAAAGGUCUUGUGUUGAUAUGAUGUGUUUUGAUUUGAUGUGAUUUUUGCAAUGUGGGAAGUGAGUUGUAAGAUCUGUCCAAUGUUAGUAUGUCAUCGAAUGCAGUUCUUGGAUUUCACUUUGCACGUUGCAACUUGCAAGUUGCAAGUCGCAAGUCAUGAUUUUUGUGGUUGACCUUUUUGUGUAGGUUCUUGUACUGUGUGUUCCUAUUGAUGAUGCUAUAAUUAAUCGCCUAAAUUUGUGAUUUGAUUUGUUUCGAGACCAUAAUCGUUUUGUUUAAUCAACAUUCAGUGUCUGGCUAGAUUAUGCUUGGUUUCUUUUUCAUUUUGCGUCUCUAUGAAUUUUAGCAAUUGGAGAUCAUUGCAUAUGAAUCAGUUAAUGUUUAUGCCAUUUUAUGAUUUUUUUUUUAUGAUUUUUUUAAAGAGACUGUUCUAUCAUUGUUUGUAUGAUAGCGUUGAGUCUACUUUAAAGCUGCAUUCACAUGGUUGUUCUACAUUUUCAUUGUGCAACAAAUUGCUGGUGAAAUGCAUGUUUGGAUUGGUAUAGUGGCUAAUGAAACUUAGCAAAGUGGAAGUUUUGAAAGCUUUUCUGGAAAAGAAGGUCAGCCUUUCAACCCGUCUUGAGUCUUUUUUUCUAAUUGGACUGGUGAAAAUGGCUGAGGAUGGUUGCAAGGUCUCUUUAAAUGUUUAUGACCUAAGCCAGGGCUUGGCCAGACAACUAUCCACGGCUUUUUUGGGGAAGCCUAUUGAAGCCAUAUGGCAUACUGGAGUUGUUGUAUACGGUCAUGAAUACUAUUUUGGAGGUGGCAUUGAAAGCGCUCCAGCUGGAACAACUCCAUAUGGGACACCAAUUCGCACGGUCGAUCUUGGUGUGACACAUGUGCCUAAGGAAGUAUUUGAGGAGUACUUGGAAAAAAUUGGUCCACGCUACACAGCUGAAACUUACAAUUUGCUGACUCAUAACUGUAACAAUUUUAGUAAUGAGGUUGCUGAGUUCCUUGUCUGUGCUUCAAUACCAGAUUACAUUUUGAAUCUUCCGAAUGAAGUUAUGAGUAGCCCCAUGGCCCCUCUCAUAUUGCCAAUGAUACAGAAUCUAGAGAACACUUUGAGGGCUGGUGCAGUUCCCCAAGCUCCUCAGUUCAGGCCUUCUGCGCUUGCUAGUUCAAAUCAGGCGACCGCUGCUGCCUCAAAGCCUGCUAAUGGUGCCACCAACCAAUCGCCUAAUACAAAAGAUGAGGGUGCUUCCAAGAAAUCUGAUACGGAACAGACAGAGACCAAAACAGUGUCCUCUUCUAGCGGUGCUGUUGCUGGAGAUCCCCUCGGAGAUGCUCGGAGUAAAGUCCAAGAGGAGAUCAGCAGUGAGUUUGCUGCAAUCAUGGCCACUGGGACGUUGCGUGCAAGUGAGGCUGCAGCUCUAGCAGCUAGGAGAGUGAUGCAGAGACAUGGCCAUAUGUCUACGGCACAGAGUUGAAGAUAGAAUAGACUAUUAUUUCCCAUAUGGACUUGGCCCCAAUGUAAUUUCUUAGAUUUACAAGGGUGACAUUAUUAUCUUUUUUAUUUUCUAGGUUGGAUGGUAUUUUUGUUCACUUAAA